ACCGCUGCACGUAAACAAAGUGAAGUGCGUGAUCAUUCCCUCGUCUUUCAUUCCUGCAUAUUGCGGCUUGUGCACUGCGUUGUUCACCACUGACCAGCAUCUGUGUGAGGAGGACGAGUGAGGUGCAGAAAAGAUCGUUUGGAAACUGCUGGACGAUUGAAUGAAAUGUGGCGAAUCUGGUGCCAGUUUAGUGCAGAGAAUGUUGUGGUGCCUUGAUGGGGCCCUGCCUGCCCUGCCCCUGUCACUAGCAGGCCUGUGACCUCAAAUUGUGUGGCCUCCAUCACUGCCCUAGUGAAGAAGAUUUCAGUUUGUAGCAAUGUUUGGGACAAAUGAAUCAAACCGAGGUGCAUUUCUGGAGGCAACAAGGGAAGCAAGAGAGGAGCGAGCAGCUGAACGAAGAAGGGAUGAAGCUGCCACUAAAUUGCAAGCUGCAGUUCGCAGCUGGCUGGUUCGGGCAGCAUACAAAAGAAAGACUCGGGAAAAAUUUGACCAGCUGUUUGGCACAGAGCCCAUGGCUCAGGAUCAGACAGCUGUUUUACCACCAGCCUUAGAUGCUUUUCACAGAAUCACAGAAUUCAUCAAAAUAUUUAGAUUGAAAACAGAUGGAAAGAGAUUUGAAAUCCUUACGAGGUACUUGCUGGCAAGUAUGGACAGUGAUAAUAUAAAGCUAACUUAUGUGUCCUGUGGAAUGAAUAAGGAUUUAACACUGCAGUGGAUCCAUCAAAUAAAAGAUAUUUUAUUUGCUUGUUGUGGAAUUUUGGAAGAGCUACAACCUGAAAUAUCAAAGGAGAAUCGCCUGCUCUCACUGUAUUUGCAUCUGCUCCUCACAUUCACUGGCACCAGCACAUGGAAGAUUUUACGAGUGCAGAGUUUUGAGCCACUGAAACCAUCACUCAACAAGCUCACUGAAAAUGUAAUGGGAGAUUUAGUAUCUAGAGGCCUUUACAGUACUUUAAAGCACGUUCUUGUCCGUGGUUUGUGCAGAGGAAAGGCAGCCCUGCGAGGUCCAGCUAUCACUACCAUAAUAACAUUGGCCCUACGUCCCCUCAUGGCUGCCAGCUACUCAGAUAAACUCCUUUCUCUCAUGACCAUACAUGUAUUAAGUGUUCCAGCUCUCAUCCACCACCUGGAUGCUUUAGCACCUGAGGCACUACAAAUGUUGCAGACUAAUGAAAUAUUUGAAAAAGUUGUUCAAUUUGUACAAACAGAACAAAAUUUACGCAUCAUCUUCAAUACACUGGAAGGAUCCUAUGCACUCUGUCUCCUGGCAAACCUUGUCCAUCUUGCUCACAAAGAGAGUGACAGAGCACUACCAAGAUUAGCUUUUCCUGAAUUUAAUUUUGUAGUGAAGCGUCUGCUGGAAAAGUGUGGAGAGUAUGUGACAACCAAGCAGAGUAGCAACCUAACCCAGUGGCACCCAGUGUUGGGCUGGUUCUCUCGGCCCCUUGACCACCACCUCAAUGAACCCAUGGCUUUAGUCAAGUCACAGCUGCAGCUUCUUUGGUCUGGAGUUGUGCUCAAAGUAAUGUUUUCUGCCCUCACCAAUAUGAUUGUUGAACAGGAGCCAUCACCAAGUGAAUCAAACACUUCAGGAAUUACAUCAUCCUCGACAGCUUCAUCUUUAGCCAGUAUUGGGUCCUAUGUGUCCUCUAAUAUUGUGAGGAGAGCACUGGAUCGCAGACUCACCUCUGGCACCUCUGUUGGCUCGGGGGGACUGAGAGGCGGUGGCAGUCGCAAGCUUGGUUCCCGUGAGGUGUCAACUGUGGCAAUGGUUUGCUCCAUGUACUACUCUGCCAUCACCACUCUCUCACAGUUGAAAAUGGAUAUCCUCACUGGUUUGUGCUACAAAAGCGAGAUGGUGUCACAACUUUGGCAAGUGUUCCAGUCGUUGGGGCCUAACUGUGGGCUCAAAAGUUUUUUGGAUCUUCUCUCAGCAUCAACCAAGGCUACAGCACCAGAAUUCCACAUGCUCAUGCUGUUUUGUGAUGCCACCACUCUCCUUGUCACAGUCCUGGAUGACCUGGAGAUGUAUGAGCAGCAAAAACCAUUUUCUCUCCAUGAUUAUGCCAUAAUGGCAUCAUUCCUUAACAAUUUUACAUAUAAGCAGAUGAUCCACAAUGGAUUAAUAGAUGUACGUAAUGUGCAAGGAAGUCCCCUCUUUGUUUCCUUGCAUACACUUUUACUUCUCCUGUACAAGAGAAAUUCACGGAGAAACUAUGUUCCUGACACUCACUGGCUUAUCAAAGAAGUGCGGAUAUCAACAUUCAUGUCAGACUUGGAGCAAGGAGAUGCUCAAGCUCAGGUACUGAUACAGAAGAUGCCACACAUCAUCCCUCACACUGAGCGAGUCUUGCUAUUCAAAAAGUAUGUCGCUAAUAACAAGGCCAAACUGGGGUUAAGUGAUGCUGCUUGUGCUUCACCGCAUUCAACUCUGAUCACUGUACACAGGUCUCGCCUUGUUGAAAAUGGUUAUCAGCAGCUGGCCUCUCUUUCCCCACUGGCUUUGAAGGGCAUGAUUAGAGUUCGGUUCAUCAAUGAGCACGGCUUGGAUGAGGCUGGCAUUGAUCAGGAUGGUGUUUUCAAAGAGUUCCUUGAAGAGACACUUAAGAGGGUGUUUGAUCCAUCUCUGAAUUUAUUUCGCCUGACAAGUGAAGAGCGGCUCUACCCAUCACCAACUUCCUUCAUGACAGAGAAUCAUUUGCAGCUUUUUGAAUUUGUUGGUGGAAUGUUAGGGAAGGCAGUUUAUGAGUCCAUUGUUGUUGACUGCCCAUUUGCUUCGUUCUUCCUUAGUCAAGUACUAGGAGAACAGCAGUCAUCUCUCUACUCCUCCAUAGAUGAGCUGCCUUCAUUAGAUCCUGAAUUGUAUAAGUCAUUGACCUACAUAAAGCAUUAUGAAGGAGAUGUAAGUGACCUGGACUUGACUUUUUCCUAUGAUGAGGACUAUCUGGGUGAGAUCAUUACUCAUGAGCUUAGACCGGGAGGCAAGUCUAUUCCAGUAACUAACGACAACAAGAUUGUGUACAUUCAUUUGAUGGCUCAUUUCAAGAUGCAUGUACAGAUAAGGGAUCAGACCAAGGCCUUCAUUCGAGGCUUCAGAUCUAUCAUCAAUCCUGAGUGGCUGUCGUUAUUUUCAGUUCCUGAGUUCCAGCGUUUGAUUUCUGGGGAUAAUGUGGCUGUGGAUUUGAAGGAUCUCCGAGAAAACACUUUGUACUAUGGAGGGUUUCAUGACAAGCAUCGUGUUGUUUGCUGGCUGUGGGACAUCCUUGAGCGUGACUUUAAAGAGGAAGAGCGGGCACUUUUUCUCAAGUUUGUGACAAGUUGCUCUAAACCACCACUUCUGGGAUUUACAAAUUUGGAACCUCCAUUUUCUAUCCGAUGUGUUGAAGUUGGUGAUGAUGAAGAUACAGGGGAUACUAUUGGAAGUGUCAUCCGAGGGUUCUUUGCAAUAAGGAAACGUGACCCGGUCAACAGACUUCCAACCUCAUCCACAUGCUUCAACCUCCUCAAGCUCCCAAACUAUCAGAGGAAGAGCACUCUGAGAGACAAACUUCGUUAUGCCAUCAACAGCAACACAGGGUUUGAGCUGUCCUAAUAUUUGUGUCUUCAUGUAUGUAUAUUUCUGUAAGCAGAGUGCACACAAAAAUGGUAUUUGGUUGGGAGAAUAUACAUUUGGCCAUUUCUUUAGAAGUGCACACCAAAGGAUUAGAAAUUUAUGAUACUAAAACUGGUCUGUGGUGUACAUCAUUACAUUUACAAAGAUUAUAACCAUAUAUCAUCAUCAUCAUCAUCAUCAUUUUUAGCAUCCUUUUGCCAUGUGUCAUUCAUCAUCAUAAUUAUCAUUAUCAUCAUCAUCAGUUAUAGUUCUGCUUUCAUCAUCUUUGCCAUCUUCAUCAUCUGCUUUCAUCAUCAUCGUCAUUAUCAUCAUCAUCAUCAUCAUCAUUAUCAUUUUUAUCAUCAUUAUCAUACAUUGUCAUCAUCACCAUAAACAUUAUCACAGUUAUACAUGUUGAAAUUGUAUGUUGUUUACAGUAAUUCCUCCUGACAUGCGCAACCUUAAUUUUCCAGUUAUACACUGCCUUCAUGAAAUCAUAUUUUUUUUCCUUGAUAUUUCAAGAGUGGCCCAUUUCUAGAGUGUGAAUUGUCUUCCUCCCUUCAUAACCUUGAGGCUGCCAAGUUGAGCAAGACUGAGGAACCCAAUGAGAGCAUGGCCCUAGUGCACACACACACACACACACACACACACACACACACACACACACACACACACACACACACACACACACACACACAC